AUGUCUGUUGAGCUCGCCCUCGGAAUUGUUGCAACCGUAGACCUGUGCUUCAAAUAUGGAAAGGAGCUGAGGGACGUCUGCUCAACUUUCAAGCAUGCAGACGCGCAAAUAUCGGAGCGCGUGCUUCGCCUCGAAAAUGGCUGGCUCCGCAUCACGCACCAGCUCAACUUUUUGCGGCGCGUCUCGGACAUGAUGGACGAUGACCACCGCAAGGUCUACGACCAGACUCUCCAAAUGUUCCUCAGCAAACUGCAGAUCGUCACGUCCAUGCUCAAGGACAUGCAUGUCGAGAAGCGACCGAGUGCCGGCACCUUUGGGCCUGAACGCGACACCUUUGACACAUGCUACAAGACGCGCCGCUUCAAAUACGCCCGCAAGAAGGAAAGUCUUGAUAAGGCCAUCGAGGAGCUCGAGACGUGGCAGCGAACAGCGGACCUGUCUUGGUUUCUUCUCAUGUUGAUCGCGAAUCCCAAAGUCGAUAGCGCCCUGGCCACACCGGAAGACGAAGACAACGCCUCCUUAUCCAGCACCGCCGUUUCCAUCCCAUCGACGGUGACGAUCCGAGCUGGGCUUGACGACAGGUUUUCUCUAGCAAGCAGCACUGCUACUAACUUAGGACUGGCCUUGCCGCCCGAGGAGCUACGGAAGAUGUACGUCUCGCCAAUCUCGUACUGUGAUGCCACGUUACUGGCGCGCCGCUAUAGCUCCACGGGCGACGUGACUUUGUACCUGCUGAACCGGAUCGAAUGCCAGCCGCUGUCCAAGUACCGCAUCAUCAAGAAGGACACGCGCGACCUAGCGCGCAAGCUACAGCACGACGAGCCGCACACGUUUGGUCUGCUCAGCUGCAAGGGGUUCGUGACGGAGACUACAGCUGACGCUGCUGCCGCCGCCAGUGCUGCUGGUCCAGAAUCGGGAUUACCUCAAGGGUCUGGCUCCGGGUUCACAAUGCUGCCCACCCACGACAUCACCUUCACCAUGGUAUUCCGCGCGCCUCCCGGCAGCGGCGCAGCCAGACCCUGCACCCUGCGCGAGAAGCUGACCAGCACGCCCGCGCCGGACUCCCUCACUGACCGCUUCGAGAUCGCGCGCGGGUUGGCCAAGGCAGUCGGGUACGUGCACACGUUCGGGUUCGUGCAUAAGAGCGUACGGCCCGAGUCGGUCAUCUGCUUUGACACCAAAAUCUCUGAGCCCAUGUCGGAGAAGGACUAUACAAGCGGGGCGCGGCAGUCUGUGUUCCUGGUUGGCUUUGAGAACUUCCGCAGAGACGAAGGACAGACCCACCGCAAGGGUGACGACGCUACUCACAAGAAUUUGUACCGUCACCCGUCACGGCAGGGUGCCAGCCCGCGCGAACACUACGUCAUGCAGCACGACAUCUAUAGCCUUGGCGUAUGCCUGCUUGAGGUCGGGCUGUGGACCAGUUUCGUCAAAUAUCCUGCCCCCCCCAGCUCUGCUGUAGACGCCGCAGAGACGGGACGAAUAGCGACAAGACCGAAAGUGUUUGCAGGGACGGGAAUACCGGAUGAAAUGGCAUUACCUCGCCUCUCCAGCGCUGUGUUUGGAGGCAUAAAGCUGCCUUCGCGGACACUUGAAGAGCCGCAAGCUGCGGGCCAGUGGCUAAAGGCAUCGGGGAAGGAGUUCCUGCUAGGGCUUACAAGAGAGCAGCUCCCGCGCUGCAUGGGGACCAGGUACGCUGAGAUUGUCGAAACGUGUCUAACGUGCCUGGAUGCGGAGAACGCCGACUUUGGAGACGAAAGGGAAUUUGAAGACCAGGACGGCAUUCUUGUUGGAGUGAGAUACAUUGAGAAGGUUGUCCUUCGCUUGAGCAUGCUCAAUGUUUAG